GGCCGCGGCACCGCCCGUGCAGACGAGGCCCCCGUCCGGUCCUCCGGCCGCGAGGUGGCGCUGUUCCCGCGGCGCUUCCCGAGCGGGAGCACGUGGGUCCCGGUACCGACCGAGGAUCCCAGCUCCAUGUUCGCGGAGCAGGGCUGGAACGAUGCAGUGGAGCCGCUGCCCCGCGGCGCCCCCGAGUGCCCGGGUCGACCGGGGCCAACGACGGGGAAGAGACGGCUGCCCGGGACCGGCCGGGACGGCGAGGCGGUGCGGAAGCGGCCCCGGAAGCGGAAGAAGGCCGGCGGGCCGCGGGCCGCGGUGGGGGAGCUCCCGGCCGGUCCCGACGAGCCCCGGGAGAUUGGGCAGCACCCGGACAUAGAUGGCCCGGCUGAGCCGGCGGGGGAGUCCGGGAAGCCGGCGGGGCUGAGCCGGAGGCAGCGGCGGAACCGGCAGAAGCGGCAGCGGGAGCCGCUGGCGGGGUCGGACGGGGAGCGGGGCUCGGGGCCGGGCCCCCCGGAUCCGCCGGGCCCCACGGAGGCUCCUCCGGAGCCCCGCUCGGGCCGCUCGGCUGCGCUCCGCGCGCGAAUGGAGGAGCGGCUGCUCGGCGCCCGGUUCCGGUACCUGAAUCAGCAGCUCUACACCGGCAGCAGCGGGGACGCGGCGCGGCUCUUUCGCGCCGACCCUGCCGCUUUCCACCUGUACCACCGGGGCUUCGAGCGGCAGGUGCGGCGCUGGCCCGAGCGCCCCGUGCAGCGCAUCGUGCGCUACCUGCGCCGCCGGCCAGCGUCGCUAGUGGUGGCGGAUUUCGGGUGUGGGGACUGCACGCUGGCCGCCAGUGUCAGGAACCAGGUGCACUGCUUCGACCUGGUGCCGCUGAGCCCACGGGUCACCGUCUGUGACAUGGCCAAGGUGCCACUGGCGGCUGAGUCGGUGGAUGUGGCCGUGUUCUGCCUGGCGCUGAUGGGCACCAACCUGCAGGAGAUCCUAGGAGAGGCCAACCGUGUGCUCAAGCUCGGGGGGACCCUGAUGGUGGCCGAGGUGGCCAGCCGCUUCGAGGACACCCGUGCCUUCCUGAAGGCCAUGACGCAGCUGGGCUUCAGGACCGUCUCCAAGGAGCUGAAGGGCUUCACUUGCUUGGAUGACCUGCUGCACGUCAAGGGCAUUACCACGCGCAUCCUGGAGCUCAACAGCCAGCGCAUGACGUGCCGGCGGCGCCCGGGCCCCGAGGGGCCCCCACGGGCCAGCCCCACUCCCUUGGGGGACAGUGAGGACCACAGGGCACCUGCAGCACAGGUAAAUGCAGAAGGGUCCCUGCUGCCAGGUGCAGGGAUAAGGGAGGAGGUUUGGCUCUGGGGGAGCUCAGGGGAACCUCACUGGAUUCUGGAGGAGCUUAUGGUUGUGGGUCUGGGGGUUCUCCACCCUGCAACCCCCCACAGUGCUGUUGAGUGGAGCCCCUGUGCUCCAGGGCCAUGGCUCUCACUGGCAGCCAUCCAGCAGCACUCCCAGCCCCCACCCCUCUCCUGGUCUCCAGCAGCCCAAGGCUGGUGUGGAGCCAGCCCUGCCCCCUGCCUGUUCCCUGCUCAGGUGGUGGCUGAAGAGGAGGAAGAGGAGGAGGAGGAAGAGGAAGCGCCAGGGCCCUGGGAGCCAGAGCCACCCUGGAAGGGUACCCCCAGGUCCGGAGCAGACCCUGAUGGUUCUGGGGGGCAGGGACCACAGGAGCCUCCCAGGUCCACCAGGGAGCAGGAGGAGGAGGAGGAGGAAGAAGAGGAGGAGGAGGAGGAGGAGGAGGAAGGGAGCUGCUGCAGCGAGGAGGGGGAAGACAGCAGCAAUGUAUACCUGUACUACACCCUGGGAGAGCGCUGGAUCGACUACCUGCAGCGCACUGGGGAUGGGGGGCUGCUGCGGCACCUGCGCCCCAAGAUGAAGCGGAAGUCAGAGAACGGGCCGGACGGCCGGGCCUUGUCCCCCGGGAAGAAGCUGUGCAAGGGCUCUGACUAUGGCAGGACACUGGGUCCCUGCACACCCAGCCCCACCACCACCUUUGGGGACCUGCGUAACGCCAAGGUGGGGCAGGCCCGGCGCCGUCGCAUCCCCUCGGUGGCCCCCCCACCUGAGCUGCAGGACUGGCUCCGCACCUUCCAGCGCUGGAGCGGCCCUGAGAAGCUGCUGGCCCUGGAUGAGCUCAUUGACCGCUGCGAGCCGGCGCAGAUCAAGUACAUGAUGCAGGUCAUCGAGCCCCAGUUCCAGCGGGACUUCAUCUCCCUGCUGCCCAAGGAGCUGGCCCUGUACGUUUUGUCUUUCCUGGAGCCACGGGACCUGCUCCGUGCUGCCCAGACCUGCCGCUACUGGAGGGUCCUGGCCGAGGACAAUCUGCUCUGGAGGGAGAAGUGCCGUGAGGAAGGGAUCGAGGAGCCUCUACACCUGCGGAAGCGACGCCUGCUCAGCCCUGGAUUCAUGUACAGCCCCUGGAAAUUCGCCUUCCUGCGCCAGCACCGCAUCGACAUGAACUGGCGUAGUGGAGAGCUGCGGCCCCCCAAGGUACUGAAGGGCCAUGACGACCAUGUGAUCACCUGCCUGCAGUUCUGCGGGAAUCGCAUCGUAAGCGGCUCUGAUGACAACACGCUCAAAGUGUGGUCAGCUGUCACAGGGGAGUGUGUGCAGACGCUGGUGGGCCACACCGGCGGGGUUUGGUCCUCCCAGAUGAGGGACAGUGUUGUCAUCAGUGGCUCCACUGACCGCACGCUCAAGGUGUGGAACGCUGAUAGCGGCGAGUGCGUGCACACACUGUACGGACACACAUCGACCGUGCGCUGCAUGCACCUGCAUGGCAACAGGGUGGUGAGUGGCUCCCGGGACGCCACACUGCGGCUCUGGGACAUCGAGACGGGGCAGUGCCUGCACGUGCUGAUGGGGCACGUGGCAGCCGUACGCUGUGUCCAGUAUGAUGGCAACAAGGUGGUCAGUGGUGCCUAUGACUACACGGUCAAGGUGUGGGACCCUGAGAGCGAGAGCUGCACCCAUACACUGCAGGGGCACACCAACCGCGUCUACUCACUGCAGUUUGAUGGGACACACAUCGUGAGUGGGUCCCUGGACACAUCAAUCCGCGUGUGGGAUGUGGAGAGUGGGAACUGCCUGCACACACUCAUGGGGCACCAGUCGCUCACCAGUGGGAUGGAGCUGCGAGACAACAUCCUCGUGUCCGGCAACGCUGACUCCACUGUCAAGAUCUGGGACAUCAAGACGGGGCAGUGCCUGCAGACACUGCAGGGUCCCAGCAAGCACCAGAGCGCUGUCACCUGCCUGCAGUUCAGCUCCAAGUUCGUGGUGACCAGCUCGGACGAUGGCACAGUGAAGCUGUGGGACCUGAAGACAGGGGAGUUUGUGCGAAACCUUGUGGCCCUGGAGAGUGGGGGCUCGGGGGGGGUCGUGUGGCGCAUCCGUGCCUCCAACACAAAACUCGUGUGCGCCGUGGGCAGCCGCAACGGCACUGAGGAGACCAAGCUGCUGGUGCUGGACUUUGAUGUGGACCUUAAGUGACCCCGGCCAGCCCGGGGGUCCCGCGGGAGGGGUGGCCCCGGCGCAGGCGCUGGCCCCCGCGGGCAGGACAGAGGGGAGGCCGGGCCGGGCCUUAUUUAUAUGCGCGGGAGUGCCCGGCCGGGCCUGCAGGAGCAUGUUUUGUACACGGAAUAUAUCAAUUUAUUUCUGUA